AUGCGCAUCCCACCGGUGCUCUUCAUCUUUGUCGGCUUCCUAGCCAUCGGCGCUUCGUUCAUCCUCCAGCUGCUCGUGGCGCUCGGCCUGCCCUACAUCAAGGGCAUCUACUUCCUCUACAUCAACUUCACCGACGCCUCGCAGGGCAACGCCGUCCUGCGCGUCACCUUCGGCAUCUGGUCGCAGUGCUUCAAGCAGGGCGAUCUGUCGCAGUGCUCGCCCACGGGCCUCGGCUACCAGCAGUCGUUCAACGGCGUCGAGAACGCCAUCAGCCGCUUCUUUGUCAACAAGCUUCCGUACGCGCUCGUGGUACAGCCCAUCUCGGCAGGCUUCACCGGUCUCGCCGCCGGUGCGGCUUUCCUGCACCUGUGCACCAACACGUUCCUGUGGCCGCUGUCGGCGCUCUGGGCUUCGUUCCUCACCAUGGCGGCGCUGGUCAUCGAGUUGGUGCUCUUCAUCCUCGCCCGCAACAAGGCGCGCAGCUUCCAGAGCACGGGUACGCUCGACCCUAGCGGAGCCGAGCUCGGCCCUGCCAUCUGGAUGCAGGUGGCUUCGCUGCCGCCAGUGUUCUUUGGCUUCAUGAUGCUCGCGCUCGGCUGGUGGCUCAAGCGCUCGCGCAGCCAAGACAACUACUACGACGACUACGAGCCGGCGCGCCCCGUGUACCCGGCCAACGACUAUGCGGAGAAGGACUACUACUAUGGCGCUCAGCAGCGUCCCGCCAGCCGCGUGAGCCGCAGGUCGCGCUACGACGACUACUACGAGCCCGACGAUGCGCGCGUCUACGGCAACGUCGGCCGCCGCGACUCGCGCCGCACCAGCCAAAGGUCGUACGCCGACGACUACGAUCGCUACGACAACCGCAGGAGCUACGACGACCGCGCGCCCAGGAGGAGCUACGGCGGCGAUCAGUACGGUAGCAGGACAUCGCUCGCUCCCCCUCCCGCUGGUGCGCCGUACCGUGGAGGCCGAUCGCGUCGCUACAGCGAGCGUGGCGCCUACUAA